AACGUCAAUUCGCUUAAUCCCACAAACGAAAUUGUGGUUGUGUGUGCGCGCUCGUUGAGAGAAUAGAGAGGAGAGAGAAAGAAAGGGAGUCACGGGUUUGUCUUGAAAAGCCCUUAUUCACAGUCCCAGAGAGAAAGACAAACAGACAGAUAUUCCUCUCUCACUACUAUAUACCCGAUGUGAGGUUAAUAUAAAAAUUCACUCACACAAAACUAUCAAUUAAUCCCCCCAUAAAUUUCUUCUCUCAUCAAAACCUCUAUUCGAAACCCUCAUCUUGUUCUUCAAUGGCUUUGCUGCUAGAUAACUGUGAAGGGAUUUUAUUAUCUUUAGAUUCACAUAAAUCAGUUCCGGCGCCGUUUUUAACCAAAACUUACCAGCUUGUUGAUGAUCCAAACACAGACCACAUUGUUUCUUGGGGUGAUGAUGACACAACCUUUGUUGUUUGGCGGCCACCGGAGUUUGCUCGAGACCUUCUUCCCAACUAUUUUAAGCACAAUAAUUUCUCUAGUUUUGUUCGCCAGCUCAACACCUAUGGUUUCAGAAAGAUUGUACCAGACAGGUGGGAGUUUGCAAAUGAGUUCUUCAAGAAAGGGGAGAAACACUUGCUGUGUGAGAUCCACCGGAGAAAAACAGCUCAGCCGCAAGUGACCUUGAACCACCACCACCCUCUUAAUCAACCUAUGAGCGGUCCAAGUUUCUUUCCAUACCCAAGCAGAGUCAGCAUCUCGCCACCGGACUCGGACGAGCAGCAACAGAACAAUCACUGGUGUGACUCGCCGCCACCACUAUCUUCCCCCACCAGUAUCUCCGCCGCAAUGAAUGGCACGAGUGGAGGUGUCACCUAUGCUUAUAACUCAGUCACAGCACUUUCUGAAGACAACGAAAGGCUGAGAAGAAACAACAAUAUGCUUGUUUCUGAACUAGCCCACAUGAGGAAAUUAUACAAUGAUAUUAUUUAUUUUGUUCAGAACCAUGUGAAACCAGUGGCACCUAGCAACUCUUAUCCUUCAUCUUUAUUCUCUACUAUUACUGCAGCUACACCCAUCAGCGGUUCUUCAAUUGCUCAAAAGCCAUUAAACCAGCUUAUCGGGUAUCAUCAGAUGGCAUCAAACCCUAAACAAGGUAAUACUUUUCUGGGCUCAUUCAACAGCUCUAACAAUCCUAGCAAGACUUUACAGAGCAGUGUGACAAUUCUUGAAGACCCUGCAAAUAGUGAACUCAGCAGAACUAAGCUAUUUGGUGUGCCACUCUCGUCCAAGAAAAGGUUACAUCCAGAUUAUUCUUCUUCAGUGGAGAUUAACAAGACAAGAUUGGUCUUGGAAAAGGAUGAUUUAGGGUUGAACCUCAUGCCUCCUUCUCCAUGUUAGCUUUUGUUCAUGCCCCUAUUCAAGAUUUUAAAAAAGAACCAAAAAAAGCCUUUACUGUUUAGUCUCUAAGCGUUUGUUUUCACUAAUUUUCUUUUUCUUUUUUUUUUCCUUUUCUUUUUUCCUUUCAGUCUUGGAGUUUUAGAGUACUCUAGUAGAAGUGUAUUUUUUAAAGGAUGUUUCAGUGCUGAGUUUGAGAAUUUGUAACUUGUUCUGUGUAUAUAUCACUGUAGUGGCGGUGUUAUCUUGCUGAUCCCCCAGCCAUGAAUGCAGUUGGGUUUUGGUUAGAGUGUAACAAGAGCUCAAAUCAAGUUCGAAUCCCCAAAGAAAAUAUCUUUUUAGUUCUA